AUGAUCAAGCGAAAGGGUCAACUGCUCGCACGAGAGCUCAACGUGGAUGACUCUGUCCGCUUCUCCAACGGAUGGCUGCAUCGGUUUCAACAACGCAACACGUUGAAGAUGUAUCGAAUGCACGGCGAAGCUGCAUGGGGCGGCAAACUUCUACAAUCGACAUCCAAGCUCUACCAUCGCGAAGAAGAAGACGGCGGGCUCCAAGAAGGACAAGAGUCGUCUCUCUGCUGCCUUAGCGGCGAAUGCUGA